AUGAACAUCACAACCCUCGAUUGUAUACCGGUGCGUCGAAGACCCACUCCACGGGACCGAGUACCGAUCACCCUGCAUUGCGUUUGGGAGCUUCGACCGUUCCUCUCAGAAGCUGCGCAUCCUCCCCGGACUCAGAUGCCACAUCAUGCAAUGACUCCAGUUCACCAAGUUACUCAUGUGGAUCUAAAUUUUCGUCAGAGUCUGUGUGCAAUGUCAGAUAUCCUCGGAAAGACAGCCCUAAUCCUAAAAAAGAGGAAUAUACGAACAGCAGAUCCUACGCCCACGGUCAAGCAGAGCAAAUCCGGCGGUCCCGCGAGUCAACAACUUUUGCUAUGA